UUCUCUGACAAUUGUAGUUCCAGGGUACUAUUGUGGAGGAUAGUCUACCUCUGAGCUCCAGGCCUUACACGCUCUACGCUGCAGCAGCGUCCUUGUGUUCCGCAUUGUAGCUUUCAUCUCGGUCGCUGCGCCUGCAGCGUUAACCUCGGGCUUUCAGUUUCCGCUGUUAGGUCGAGAAAGCGAAAGCAAGGGUCAAUAGAUCAUCGCACAAGUCUUGCGCGAUUCCUUAUUCGCUCUUGCGAAAAUUUCUAGGGUUAUUCAAGAAGGCCUGGAUAAGUUCGUAGGCUACCUUUUACACCCUCGCACAUUAUAUAACUGAGUCUCGCGUCGUAUUGGGUUGCUGCAUACGCUGGUAACAUCCUCUGCGACAUCCUUGUAGUUUCGAAACCCACGUCGCUCUCCCGGUUAACCAAGCUCUUGUCGCCCGCCGUUCGCUAGUUGUCGUAUAUCGCCGCUAUAUCGGCUAGCGAGUACAUUCACAGCCACCGUCAUCGUCGUUUUUGACAGCAUUCAACCUCAAGGCGUCAGCCAUCCCGGCACAGCCUAAACGCAUAGCUUCAGGCAAUUCAGUCAGCCAUGGCGCAAUCACCGCAUCUCCUCUCGUCCCGCCACAGCUCGAUUUUCCUCCAUCCCCAUACGCCCUCCUCCGCCACAUUCCUCGCUAGCUCCCCCCGACCUUUCCCCGCUACUUCCGCCUCUCGGGGACUCCGCCUUCCCCCUUCCCCCCAGCUUCCUCCGCGCGUCCGUGCGGCUGUGACAUCGCGCCCGCCGCAAACCACCACAGGGGGAGGGGGAAGCUCCUCCCCGCGCCCCGCUGGCUCCCGGGGAAAUGGCAGCAACGGCUCCGCAGCACGGACUGGCAAUGGGAAUGGCUCAGCGCGCAGUGGUAGUGGGAACGGCUCGGCGCGCGGCAGAAGCGCUAACGGUAGCGGUAACGGAUCAGCGCGCAGUGGAAACGGAGCCGCAACCGGUCCCGCGACACGCGCUCUCCGACGCAUCAGCAGCCGCAUGAACAGCAGCGGCGCUGACGUGGCAAUGAAGCCGCUGUCUCUGCGGAAAACGGUCGUUGGCGACUCGGGAUUCCUGCCCAAUCAGCUGGCAGCCGACCCGUCCGGCGGGGAGAUGCAGGCGAUGGAGCAGCUUGAGCUGGAGCGAGGCGUGUGUAACCCGUUCAAGAAAUACACACCUGAAAUGGUCCGCGCACGUGCGUUCAGCUCCCCUUCCGCGUUUCUGGGCAUUCUCCUGCGCGGCACGGAGAUCGUGUGGGAGCUGACCAUGUUCUACCUCUCGCUGUGGUACGACAAGCUCCUCGGGAUUGACGAGCGCAACGUGCCCACGCGCGCGGCGCAGCUGCGCAACCUGCUGUGCAAGCUGGGGCCGUCGUUUAUCAAGUCGGGGCAGGUGCUGGCGAACCGGCCGGACAUCAUUCGGGAGGACUAUAUGAACGAGCUCUGCAUCCUGCAGGACGACGUGCCGGCGUUUCCCACCCAGGAAGCCUUUGCCAUAAUAGAGGCCAACAUGGGGGUGCCACUAGAGGAGACGUUCAGCGCCAUCUCUCCCGAGCCUGUUGCCGCAGCCAGCCUCGGGCAGGUCUACCGAGCCAGGCUGCGAGCCUCAGGGGCGGAAGUGGCAGUCAAGGUGCUGCGUCCGGGGAUCGAGCCGGUGAUCUACCGGGAUCUCUUCCUUUUCCGCACACUGGCUUCCUUUCUCAAUGGGAUCUCCAUUCAGAAGCUGGGGUGCAACGCGGAGCUGAUAGUGGACGAGUUCGGGGAGAAGCUGCUGGAGGAGCUGGACUACCGCCAGGAGGCGCGCAACAUCCAGAGCUUCUACGAGAAUUUUCUUGGGGAUCCGACGGUCAAGAUUCCGCUUUGCUACGCGGAGCUGAGCGGCGAGCGAGUGCUGGUGAUGGAGUGGAUCGACGGGAUCAGAUGCACCGACCCCCAGGCCGUGCGGGCAGCAGGCAUCGACACCGAAGUGUUUCUCACGGUGGGAGUGAGCGCGGCUCUCCGGCAGCUGCUUGAAUUCGGCCUCUUCCACGGCGACCCGCACCCAGGCAACAUCUUUGCCAUGCGCGACGGGCGCAUUGCCUACGUGGACUUUGGCAACGUGGCGGAGCUGAGCCAGUACAACAAGGAGAUCCUCAUCGACGCUAUCGUGCAUGCCGUCAACGAGGACUAUGUGGAGAUGGCGGGCGACUUCACCCGCCUGGGUUUCUUAGCGCCUGGGACCGACGUGACUCCGAUUGUGCCGGCUCUGGAGGCCAUCUGGCAGAACAGCACGGGGCAGAGCCUGGCGGACUUCAACUUCCGGACUGUCACACGGAAGUUCAACCAGCUGGUGUACAACUUCCCCAUCCGCAUCCCGGAGCGCUUCUCCCUUGUGAUCCGCUCGCUGCUCACCCAGGAGGGCAUCUGCCUCUCCCUCGAGCCGAACUUCAAGUUCCUGGAAGUGGCCUACCCCUACGUGGCCAAGAGACUGUUGACUGAUCCCGACCCUGCUCUCCGCUCGCGACUCAUUCAGGUGCUAUUCAAGGACGGUGUGUUCCAGUGGAAGCGCCUGGAAAACCUCAUCACGCUGGCCAAGGAGCAGGUGGCGCUGGCCAACCGGGCCCGGCACGCCGAGGGCACCGCAGUGCAGCAGCAGGCGGUGCCAGCUCCUGCGGCUGUUGUCCCGGGCUCGCGGUUCUUCCCUCUGGAUCCCGCCGCCUUCGGGAGCCUCAGUCAGCUCGCCCUGCCGAUCCCUGCUCCAGCCUUCCUGACAGGCUUCUCCCCUACGAGCAUGGCCAGACCAGCCACGUUAGCAGCCACGUCAGCAGCAGCAGCCGUGGCGGACAGUGGUUUGGACCUGAGGGACACGAUAAGGGAUGGGGCUCGGGUGCUGCUGAUGGAUCCAGGGCUCAGGAGGCAGAUACUGCUGGCGUUCACCCAAGACUCAAGGCUGCAUGUUAAAGAGGUGAUGGACAUUUACCGUCUUGUGGCGGAUGACCUGCCAACAGAUGGUCUUGUGGGAGAUAUCGUCGAAGGAAUACCAUCUAUUGGAAUGGAUUUGCUUCUCUCGUGGAGUGACAGCAUCCUUGAAAGGCGAUAAAAGUAUUUUUUUACUCAUGAAUAACGCUUUCUUCGAAACUGUGGAAUUGCUUUGUAUGUAAACAUCCAUUUUGAAGCAUGCUGGUGGCCAUGCUUGCUUUUUGUAUAAAAUCACAAGCUCGUAAGAUGUGUGCUGGGUCUUAUCAAUGCAAAUUAC